UCCCAGGGGCGUGGCGUGGCCCCAGCAUUUCCUGGUACCGACCGGAGCCUAGGGCUGUAGAGUCUGGCUCGGUGCCCCGAAGUUCUCGUCGUAGGCCAGGUGGCCGUCACAGCAGGGGUUGACUUACCCUCAUGGAAGGGAGAGGACCCUACCGGAUCUACGACCCAGGGGGCAGCACGCCUCUGGGAGAGGCAUCAGCAGCUUUUGAACGCCUAGUGUUGGAGAAUACCCGGCUGAAGGGACAAAUACAAGGGAUAAAGACUUUAGGGGGACUUCUGGAAGAGUCGCAGAUGGAAGCAUCCAGGCUCCGACAGAAGGCGGAAGAGCUGGUCAAGGACAGUGAACUGCCGCCGCCGCCACCUACGCCUUCCUUGGGCUCUUUUGAUCCCCUGACUGAGCUCACAGGACAGGAUGCACAGGUCCAGGUACAUGCUACCGCCACCACGACCACCACCACCAACACCACCGAAAACUCCAUGGAGAAGUCAGCACCAGCCUCUAAGACUCCAUCAAAUGGCACCUCUUCUGACUUUGAAGUGGUCCCCACUGAGGAGCAGAAUUCUCCACCCCAAACUGGCAGCCCUCCUAGGAACAUGAUGGAGCUGGGGCCCCCACCCCCAGAAGACAGCAACCUCAUGCUCCACUUGCAGCGCCUGGAGACCACCCUGAGCGUGUGUGCUGAGGAACCUGACCACAGCCAGCUCUUCACACACCUGGGCCGUAUGGCCCUUGAGUUCAACAGAUUGGCCUCCAAGGUGCAUAAGAAUGAGCAGCGCACAGCCAUCCUGCAGACCUUGUGUGAGCAGCUGCGCCAGGAGAAUGAGGCCCUGAAGGCCAAGCUGGACAAGGGCUUGGAACAGCGGGAUCAGGCUGCUGAGAGACUGCGGGAGGAAAACAUGGAGCUUAAGAAGCUGUUGAUGAACAGCAGCUGCAAAGAGGGCCUCUGUAUGCAGCCCAGCUCCCCGAAGACAGAGGGUGCUGGCAAGAAGGGCAUAGCCGGACAGCAGCAGGCCGGUGUGAUGGCAGGUAAAGUCCCUGAGGUGGGGGUCUUGGGUACAGCCGAGAAGAAGGUGAAGAUACUGGAACAGCAACGCAUGGAGCUGCUGGAAGUGAACAAGCAGUGGGACCAGCACUUCCGGUCCAUGAAGCAGCAGUAUGAGCAGAAGAUCACAGAGCUCCGCCAGAAGCUGGUGGACCUGCAGAAACAGGUGACUGAGCUGGAGACUGAGCGUGAGCAGAAGCAGCGGGACUUUGACCGGAAACUCCUCCUGGCCAAGUCAAAGAUCGAGGUAGAAGAGACCGACAAGGAACAGCUGACAGCAGAGGCCAAGGAGUUGCGCCAGAAGGUCAAGUACCUGCAGGAUCAGCUGAGCCCACUCACCCGGCAUCGCGAAUACCAGGAAAAGGAGAUCCAGCGGCUCAAUAAGGCUCUGGAGGAGGCUCUCAGCAUCCAGGCCUCUUCAUCUCCACCACCAGGUUAUGGGAGCCCAGAAGGGUCUGGGGGCCACCUGAGGAAGCAGGAGCUAGUGACACAGAAUGAGCUACUGAAACAGCAGGUAAAGAUCUUCGAGGAGGAUUUCCAGAGGGAACGGAGUGACCGUGAACGGAUGAAUGAAGAGAAGGAAGAGCUGAAGAAGCAGGUGGAGAAGCUGCAGGCCCAGGUCACCCUGACAAAUGUCCAGCUCAAAGCACUCAAAGAUGAGGAGAAGGCCAGAGAAGCCCUCAAACAGCAGAAGAGGAAAGCGAAGGCCUCGGGAGAGCGCUACCACGUGGAACCCCACCCAGAGCACCUCUGCGGGGCCUAUCCCUAUGCCUACCCACCCAUGCCAGCCAUGGUGCCUCACCAUACCUACAAGGACUGGUCCCAGAUCCGCUACCCUCCACCCCCCAUGCCCAUGGAGCACCCACCCCCACUCCCCAACUCUCGCCUCUACCAUCUGUCAGAGUACACCUGGCGUCCACCCUGUGCAGGGAUUCAGAAUCCGACCUCCCAAGUGAUGGACCCGCCCCCGGACAGGCCUGCAGAACCAGAGCCAGCUGACCUCAGAUUGCCGAGAAACUAGAGGCCUUGUCAUAUUCUGUGUGGCCAGAGACUGGGAUGAACAGGUGACCACACCCCCAGCCCCACCUUGAACUGUUUACAAGACCAGAGAGACACUUGCGAGGCCUCUACCGGGUGUGUCUGGAUGGAACUAGGAAAAGCUCAACCCUGCCUCUCGCCAAGACGAGGGGGCCUCACCUGGCUUUGACCUGCCCUCUUUUGCUGAGGCUACUGGCUAUCCAUCCUACAAGUGGGGUGCAACGAAGACCUCUUCCUCUCAGAACCUCGAAGAACUGGUUCCAGGCUCUUCGGAGACCACGCCCAGUUCAUGUGCGUGUGUACUUUUUGCUUCAAGCUCAGUAGCUGGACCUGCCCCAUGCCCUCUCCAUACCCCUCCGAGAGGAGUUGUGGGAAGGGGGCUCUGUUGCAGAAGAGAACCAUGGGAUGUUCUGGUGUCAGCAUGCUCUCCAUGGCAGCCUCUUGAGAGCCACCAUCAUCUGGGAUGAAGGCCACACCAUCAUGUCUGCCUGAAGCUGCCCUCAGCCCCCCAGUUAGAUGUUCAUGGUGCCAGAAGUCUAUAUUAAGGUAGCUGUCUGUUGCUAGGCGGCUGUUUGCACAAAUCUUGGACAUAAAUCCAACUUGAGGAUCAACA